UUAUAUUCUCUAUUUAAUUAUAUUUAAAUUUUAGAUAUUUUGCUUAACAUAGUAAAUUUUAAUUAUAAAAAUGAGUAAAGCAGGCCAUUCAGGGGGAGAAACAAAACCAUAGUUGCCAAUUUAUUUAUACCAAUGAACCAAGUUAGCAAAAUGGAAAGAGUUAAAUGUUCCUUUUGCUUUGACAUUAUGUCUAAAAAUGGAACUCGAAUGACUAAACAUAUUGAAAAAUGUUGAAAAUGUCCUGGUGAAGUAAAAAGUCUAUAUGCAAAUAAAUCAAGUCAUAGUCAAAAACAGCAAGACUGCAGAUACAGAACCAAAAACAAAAAAUCCUCGAUCAGAUUCUUUCGGAACAUCCUUUUCUGAACCAAUUUGUAGAAGUAAAAUACCAAGUUCCAUGUUUGACAGCUUGACAAAAACUGAAAAGGUGUGUAAUGUAUUUUUAUAAUUUUAAGAUUUAUUUGAAGAAUGAGCUGAUAUGGCUACUAACUUAUUAAAAAUUCAUGAUGUAUAGAUUUUAGAUUUGUUUCAUGAUUGACUGAUGUACCAGUAUGACAUAUCUUUUGCAGGAAUUGAUUGAUACACACCUAGCAAGAGCACUAUAUGCCAGUGGGUCCCCACUCCAAUCAGUAGAAAAUAACUUAGAAAAUCUUUUUGAUUUAUUAUUUACUUAAUAAACAGAUCAUAUUUGUUUAUAUGCUGCUUUUUCUUUACAGAAAUGAAGCUAUCAUUAACUUUGUAAUGACAUUGCCUUCUUUAUCACCCAUUUUGUGGAAGACAUUGCCUGCAGGAACAUCAAGCCAUUCUGGUAAAUAUAUGGCAAAUGAAAUAAAGAAAGUUUUAGAAGAAAUAAAUUCUAACAAAGUUUCGGACAUUGUGACUGACAAUGCUGCAAAUAUGAAAAAUGCAUGGACUCGUCUAAAAGAUUUUUAUCCCCAUCUUCAAUGCUGUGUAUGCAUUUCACAUGGUUUAAAUUUGCUGUUUACAGACUUUUUUAAAUUGACAACUUUAAGUGUUUUGAUGUCACAAGCAACUGAUAUUGUUAGAGAAAUAAAAAAUUCUCAUUUAUCUGUUGCAGCAUUUAGAGAUAUACAAAAGAAGUCAGCUGGUGUAGCAACAUGCAUUUCCUUGAAACUACCUGUACGAACUAGGUGGGGAUCAACUGUAGCAUGCUUAGAUAGCAUACAGAAAAGUAGGCAACCGUUUAAAACAUUGGCUAUUUCUGAAAACAGUGGUCUUUAUUCAGCAACAAAAAAUAUUCUUCUAUCAGAUAUUUUUUGGGACAGGGUUGAAGGUUUUUUCAAAUUGCUGUCACCAAUAGCUGAUGCAAUAAAGAAAACUGAAUCAAAUACUCCCAUGUUAUCUACUGUUGUGGAAACUUUUCACUUCUUAGAAGAUCACAUUUUUAAAAAUUUGACAGUUAGCCCAUUCUCAAAAAAGGAAGAAGAAGCCAAAAAGAUCUUCAAAAAAAGAAAAGAAUUCUGUUUAACAGAAAUUCACUUGGCAGCCAAUAUACUAGAUCCCAAAUUUCAAGGCAGAGUCUUGACUGGAGAAUAAAAGACUGAUGCAUGUGAGGCGAUACAUAACAUUGCUGCAAGUAUGCCCGAAGUAAACAAAGAAAUUAUGAUGUAUGACUUGGCUAAUUACCAAUCAAAGGGUGGUAUAUUUUCAAAACCUUUUAUUUGGACUGCAGUUGGAAUAACUCAACCUAUAAAUUGGUGGAAAGGGUUGUGUUUCUUUACUGAACUAUCAAAAGUUGCAUCUAGAAUUCUUCAGCUACCAGCUUCAAGUGCAGCAUGUGAGAGAAGUUUUAGCACUUAUUCUAACAUUCAUAGUGCGAAAAGAAAUCGCUUAACGACUGAAAGAGCUGGAAACUAGUUUUCAUUUUGCAAAAUUUAAAACUUGAAAAUAUUGAAAACACCAGUUAUGAAAAUGGUACAAGCAUAACUACUCCUCAAAUUAAUAACUCGAGUGUAAAUAAAGUUCCAAGCACUUCAAUGCCUUGGUUAGAGACUGAAGCGGGUAAUAUAGAAAGUGACAGUGACUUUGUUUAUGAAUCAUUAGAAGAAGGUAAUCUAGGGCAGGAAGACUCGGACUCAGAAAGCACAUUCAUUUAGAAUAUCUUUUAUAGUUUAAAUUCAUGUUAAAAUUACUAUAUUAUUGGCUUUUUUGCUUAAAUAUUUAUACUUUUUUUUAAUUGUGUAUAUACUACACUACACAGUGCUACACUACUUAGCACUGAAUUAAUAACCAAUUUAAACUAAUGAAACAUUAUUAUUCAAAAAUAUAUUAGAAUUUCAUGUAAAUUAAUUAUAAAGUUAGAGCUUUUUUUAUAAGGGCUUACUGGCAAUAUAAUUCAACAUAUGUAAUAAACAGUGUA